AUGAAAUUUGGUAAAAAAAAAGAAAAAGAGAAUUUAGAAAAUAUAGAAAAAGAUAAAGAUAGGGAUAAAGAAAAAGAAAUUAAAGAAAAAGAAAAAAAAGAUAAAAAAUCAAAAGAUAAAAAAAAGAAUCAAGAAAUAGAGAAAGAUAAUAAUAUAAAUAAUAAUAAUAAUAAUAAUAAUGUUAAAAAAGUUUUUGGUGGUAGUUUACCAUUUUUAUUUGAAGAGGAAUUACCAACCAUUUUAGUACAAACCAUUGAUUAUCUACAACUAUUUGGGUUACAAACCCCAGGUAUUUUUAGAGAAAAUGGCUCAUUAGCAUCAAUUCAAAGCUAUAGAUCUCUCUAUGAUAAUGAUAAACCUGUAAAUUUUCCACCCCAUGAAGCUCAUGUUGUAGCAUCACUUUUAAAAGCAUACUUGAGGGAAUUAAAAGUUCCUCUUUGUACUUUUGAACAUUAUGAUAUGUUUAUUGCUUGUGAAUCUAUAGCAGAUGAAAAAGUUAAAGUUGAAUUACUUAAAAAAGUUAUUGCACAUUUACCACCAUUUAAUAGAAAAGUUAUGAAAUAUAUAUUUAGUUUCCUUCAAAAAGUUGUUGAAAAUUCAAAUGUAAAUAAAAUGACACCUGAUGCAUUGUCUAUAGUAUUUUUACCAACAAUAUUAAGACCACAAGCAAAUACAGAUUUAGAAAUUUUACAAUUUACAGUUGAAGAUUCAAAAUCUACUAAAACAUUAAUGUCAAGUAUUUUAUUAAAUUAUGAUGAAAUCUUUGAGGAUCCAAAUUUAUUUCAACCAAGAACUAGACAAGCAAGAGCACAAACUGAUUUCGUUUCGCCACCAUCUUCUCAAAAUUCAACAUCAUCAUCUUCUUAUUUAUCUAGUAAAAAUCCAAUUAGUCCAAGAUCUCCAAUUGGAUCUUCACCAAAUUUCACUACAGCUAGUAUUUUAUCUGCGUUACCUCCACCACCAAUUUCACCUAUUUUAUCAUCAAACACAACAAAUACAACUUUACCACCACCAAUAAUAACUUCAUCAAUUGAUGAUAAUAAUGAACCAUCACUGUCACCAAGAAUAAUAACAACAACAACAACAACAACUCCCUCACCACAACCAACAACAACAACAACAACCCAUCGUUUACCACCAUCAAAUCCAAUACCACCAACACCUACUUCAAAUAGUCAAUCACAAUUAUAUCCAAAUUUACCACCACCAUCAUCAGAUCCAAUAAUAAAAUCAACAACAACACCUACUUUAAAUAGUCAAAGUCAAUCACAAUUAUAUCCAAAUUUACCACCACCAUUACCUGAUAAAAAUAAAUGUAAACUUUUACCAAUAACACCAAUAACAACUAAUGAAUCAAAUACAUUACAACCUACAACGCCAACAUCAACCAAUAUACCACCUUUAUCAAUACCACCACAAAUUGGUGGUAAUAGUGAUUCAAAUCCAAUUUCACCAACUAAAAAUCAAAGUCAAUUACCAAUUUUACCACCAAAACCACCCUCAUUAACUUUACCACCAAAACCAAUCCCAAAAAUUCCAACAAUUCUUGAAUAUGAAAAUAAUGUUAGACAACGUUCAAAUACAACAAUGGUUUAA